AAAUUGCAAAAUGUCAGACAUUUUAACCAAACAAUCUACAUACAAAUCUAAUUAUAAAGGACACCUAAAUCAUCUUAAAAUAGAAGCAUUAUCAUCAUAUUUCAGCAAUAGAUGUAAGUAUUCAGAGGUGUCUCACGUGAGAACACUUAAGAUUUCAAACCUUACAAUCAUCUUUAGAAAAUUCCUCGAAGAAAUUACUGAGAAAUUGAAAAUGGCCAGUCCUAUCAGUUAAGCUUUAAUACGUAUGUAACCGUUUAAUAUUAUUAUACUUUCAUGUUAAAUACUGAAAUCUGGUUGGUUUAGACGCAGUUGAUAAUCUGUUCUAUUAACCUCAGCGUUAGCAACACACUUAGCAACGGGUAACACAACAAACUGUUACAUGCGUGUAAAUUAUGCGCGUACGGUUCGUCGUGGAAUUCACGUCAUUUUAUGUAUAAAAUCAGUAAAAAAAUCUCUAAAAUUAAGAAAUUCAGUAUAAUAAAAUAAAUAGUGCCUGUUUGGGAGGAUAACAGUUGAAAUUGACACCCCUCGAUAUAGAAUAUGAAUACUUACAUCUAUUGCUUCCAUAACCUCCCAAACAGGCACUAUCUAUAUAUUAUAGUGCAGUUAAAAUAGUUUUUAGAAAGUAAUAACACAUGACGUGAAUAGGUACAUAUCAUACUUGUUCACAUUGAAUUUAGUUUGGUUUGGUUAUUAUUAUAGUCCAGUUAAUAUAAUAAUUUUUCCUGACAAAAUGACUAUCAUAUUAACCAGGGUCCACUGUAUUAUAUAAAGGGGGCCCUCUGUAAAAGAAUGUUUACAUCAUUAAACAUUAACGACCAAGGAUUUUUUUUUUAUUUUCAUCAGGACUUGAUCUGCAAUCUUAUAACUUGAUAUUAUUGCAAGUAUGAAGUUUCAAAACACAUGGUGCCGAUGGUAGUUCAACUAAUAUCAACCAACAAGUUUAACAUUUAGGACAAGGGCUGGGAUAUAAAGGCUAUCUAUUCAUAGAUCAAAGCUUUCUGCUAAAAAAAUAUUUCAUUUAUUGUAACAAGAAAAGAAUUGCUUAAAUUGCCUCAAUCAAGCUUGACCUAAAAUUCUUUUACUUGAAGCUAGAGAAACUAGGCAAACAUAUACAGGCAAACUGUGUGUAUUGGAUAAAAAUAUACCUGCAGCAAUACAAUGUGAUUAACUUAUACACAAUACUGCCUCAUAAAUUAUUACCAUUUUAAUGUGAGAUUAGGAGGAAAUGCCGGGUUUUAAAUUCUUCAUUGUUCAAACAAAAAGUGAAUGUUAAAUUGAUCGAUCUAAAAGAUCAAAUCUAUCAGCAUGUAAAAUCAACAGUUUGGGUCUGAUUAUACUGUACAUUUAUCUUUGUCUGACAGAACGAAAGUUAUCCAAUGAGACAAGAUCAUUGACUAUAAAGAAAUUAUAAUGACUGACCAAAUUUCUGAAUACUUCUAAAAUUUUUACAUCUCUUGGAUAAUUAAUUAGUUAUCCAGGUCUAAUCAAGGCUGUACAGGGAUUUACCCCGGGCUGUAUUCCAUACACCCUGAGGCCGCGGGGUUACAUUUUGACAAAAGAUGUAAACAAAAAAUGCAUUUGUGACGUCACAUUUUAUUUACACUCAGCUUCAGCAGGAGGUAUGGAAAUCUACAUCUGGCUUGUUAACCAAUCAGAUCUCGCGUUAUAUUUAGCGACAUAGGAAAUAAGUUUUCUUACACAGUAAAUGCUUUUCAAUUAAGUUAACAUUUCAGUCCUUAUAAUGGUGACCAAAUGUUCAAUAAUGACUACCAUGUAUAUCUUCCUGGUCGCCUUCACAAACUUUAACUCUUGCAAUGUUUUAAAUGAAAAACUCUCUAUCCCAAUUUUGACUACCGGUAGAAAAUUCACAGUUGAAUGGUGUCUACUAGUUUAAAGGGUUUAAGCCACUACCAGACUGUUAACUUUGUCAACUAUGGUAAACUAAACCAGGAGCAACAAAUCCCAUUUCCCAACGCCCAGUGCAAGUGAUUUUUCCAAUCGGGCAAGUAAAUAAUUGAUGCUGAGUUCUCAUAUGCCGAUAUUGCGGAUUCUUUGAAAGAUCGGACCUGUGCAGCUGUUUCAGGAUGAGAUGUCUAAUCAUAUGCCUUUUGAUUUAUGUUUCACUGACCGAUGUGACAACAGCUGAAAAUUCAGUGGUUGAAUUUUACAUGGAAAAAAGUAGUAACAGAAACCCUUGCACCUAUUUUGAAAAUGAAAGGGUUGCUGUUGGAGUAGAAGGACUAAUUAACUGCACGUGGUAUGCACCAAAUGCCUGCUGCAAGCGCACAGAGGUCACCUCUGUGUUCUCUAGAAUGCCACCCUUAUAUGGAGCCUCUCAGGAAUGCACCAACCAUGUGAACUACAUGAUGUGUUAUUUCUGUGCACCAGAUCAAGUGUAUUGGUAUCACAAAGAUCAAGACAGAAAGGUUCAUGUCUGUAUUGACUUUUGCAAGUCAGUCCAUCAUCACUGCCAAGGAGCCAUGUACGAAGGAACCAGAAUAGGUGAUGUUUACCAGAAUGGAACAUCUUUUUGCGAGGCCCAGAAUUUCCAUGUGAUUGACGGAAAACAGAACUGCUUCAAGUUUGAUCCUGGCGUCUUUGACCCAGCCAACACGAUCUCAGGCUCAGGUCUGUUGGUCCUAGUGUUGAGUUUUAUUACUCUAGGUUUUCAGUAAACUCAAGUAUUUCACUUCAACAUUCCUGUUACUGAAACCUAGGGUAAAGUAGAUUUACUUUAUAAAUUCAUUACCAGGACAGUAACAGCUAACACUCUAACAAUGAAUUUUACACUGAAUUCAAACUUGUUUUCAUUUCUCAGUGUCAUAUUAUAUAAAUAGUGCCUGUUUGGGAGGAUAACUGUUGAAAUUGACACUCUGAGAUACCAUUGUCAACCGACGCGAAGCGGAGGUUGACUGGUUUUUUCGAGGGGUGUCAUUUUCAACAGUUACCCUCCCAAACAGGCACUAUUUAUUUUAUUAUACUGAAUGUCUUAGUUUUAAAGAAAAUUUUACUGCUUUUAUAAAGAAAUGAAGUGACACCAAACCAAUCAGAUUUCAGUAUUUAACAUGAAAGUAUAAUAAAAUGUAUAAUUAUAAUAAUCGAUUUUGUUACCUUUAUAAAAAAUCAAAAAGUACCCUUUCAUAAAAGGACGUUUUUAUACUGUAAACAGUGUUCCAACUCAAAGAAAGAAACUUAUAAUUGGAACAAAAAUUAACAUGUGUUUAACACUAAGCUAAAAAAAAUAAUUAAAUUUAGUUACAGUUGUUUCUAACUUUAGAAUCAAAAUUCGAUGAUUUGAUCCUGCUUGAAAUGUUAAUUGUUAAUGAUGAAAAUAUUGGCACAAAACUUAUUCAUAGGUUUUUUACACCACAACUUGACUUCCGUUAUAUAUUAUAGCACUAAUAGCAGUAUGGCCCUCUUAAUUAAAACAUCAGCUUGUAAUUUAAACUACAUGUAUUGAAUUUGAAUACUGUUGGUGGUUUUUAAAUUGUAACAGAUACUGUGAUAAGAAUUUUUAAAUUUUUUUUUUUAGAAUUAUAAUUGUAAAUUUUGAAAAUUUAUAAAAUUGAAUUUAUAUACUGAAUAUGAUAUACUUUUUAUCCAUAUAAAUAUUUCUCAGUGUCUCAUAAUUACUUAAAAAGUUAAAAAGACUUCUGACAAGGGGUAUGCUGAAAUUGUGAAUAUUUAUUUAUUAUUUUUUUAAAUUUUUUUUUUUUUUUUUUUACAUAUAAUUGAAUUGAAUACUGUGUAUGGGUGUAUUUAUAGAGGAGAACCUUGCAUUAUGAUUGCAAGAUAGUAAGAAAUGUUGCUUGCAUAUUGUACUUACAUAUGAAUAAAAUACAUGUACUGUAAAUUUUAUCAACAACGAACAUACUUGAAAAUUGUUUUGUUUUUUACAUGUGGCAGUUACUUGUAGAUGUACAAUUUGACUGACACGUGGUGCAGAUUUAUUAAUAACCAUGGUAUUGUUAAUUUUUGAUAUAUUUUUUUUUUUGGUUACAUUUUGUUCAUAUAUUUUAUUUGAUAAUUUUUGUAUUUAUUACUGGGAUAUCUUUUAUUUUGAUAUAUUUUUUGUAACAGUUUGUUACUAUAUUUAAUUGAAUAUUUUUUGUAUUUAUAUUGUUUUGAACAUUCCCAAAAAAUUGCCAUAAUUGUGUAAUUAUUUGAUAUAUAUUCCUGUAGUGUGUCAACCUGUGUUGAAUUGUUCUCUACUUCUAUAGUAUUAAUACUAUUAAAUAUAUAGCAUUAUCAUUUUAAAAUAUGCUUACAUGAUUGUAUUUAUAUGGUACAUGUAUUUAUAUAAUGUUGACCAGGUUAAGUAACUCUGCAAUACACAUACAUCUCACCACUAUUUUAAUUUGUAUUUUAAAAGUAUUAACUUUAGCCUAUUAGUCUAUAAAAUAAUAAACAUGUACAGUAGCAUGCAAAAAGUAUAAAUAAAUCAUGUCUGUCUAGUCGGAUUUUGAAGAGAUUUGAAAAGAUGAAUUCAGAUUAAUUUUGAAGUCUUUUGACACUUAUGGAAUAUCUUUUACUAAUACAUAUAAGAUUAAGACAUUUUGAUAAAUUUUAGAUCUUAACUGUACAUAUAAGAUUAGGACAUUUUGAUAAAUUUUAGAUCUUAACUGUAUAUAUGGCUUCUGUAAGAUGCAAAGUUGAGUUGUGAAAAUGCUACAAUGUAUGGCAAAUUUAGGGGUAUCAGUUUAGUCCCUUUGUUACAUGUCAUAGCAAAUAUCAGGAAAUUUAUUAUUUUGGAGAAACUAUAUCUGUUUUUUGUUCUGUAGUAGUUGAAUAAAAAGGAUGUUGAUAUAUAAAGAGCUCAUGAUAUUGUUAUGAACUAAUGACCUUUUAUAAUGAUCGAGGGUUGUAUAGUAUUUUUUGAAGUAUUUAAAAAAAAAAGUUUUCAAAAAAAACCCAGACACAUUGUAAAAUAUGAAUGUACUAUGUCACUAUGUGGAUGUAAAUUCAAAAUUUACAACAUGACAAAGUAUGUGAAUUUUAAAUUUACCUUGUGGGUGUGAAUACCAGGUAUGACGUUUUCGUAUUGUAAAAACCCACCCAGUAAAUUCAAAAUUUACAACAUGACAUAUUUCUAAAAAUUUCUGAAUACUUCACAAAAGUAUUAAAUGAUAUCAAACACGUCACAAUUUGUCUAACUUUUAUUAGAUACAUGUAUUAUGUAAAUAAUUGGUACAAAACAAUACAACCAACAAUUUCAUAGAUCAACCAUAGAAAAUUCAACAAGACUGUCAGACAAUCAAGUACAUGCUAUUUAAAAAUUCAUUAUAUUUAUCAUAUUAAAAGAUAUUGUCACGCUACAAAAGAAGUAUUUUAUAAUGAUCAAGUUUAAUACAUAUGAAGUCAAGCCAUUUUUGGGAGUUGAUUUUUAAUCAACUCUCCUAUGCAGUCACGCGGACAAACCGAAAGUGAAACAGUGUUUGGACCUCAGCACAAAUCAUUGCUCCUGACAAGACUUAGUUCUUGAAAAUAAUUGAUGAAUUCGAUGUAAUGUAUGCUAAAGCAUUGUUUUUCAAGGAAACUUAUUUACAAAUACUUUAAAAAUAGUCAGAUUUUAAAUGGUUCGAACAAUUUAAAUAUUUUUGUAGUCGUAUGUAUUCCUACACCAGAGUUCAAUAUAGUCUCGUUCAACUCGACGCCCGGCUGUCUCCGUAAACCCUUGUCGGUGUCAGCCGAGCGUUUGGUUGAACGAGACUAGAGUUAAAUAUUGCUUGGAUCCAAACAAUUUUCGAGAAAUAUUUCUACCACUGAUACAUAGUUUGAUUGAAUUAAUUUUAUCUUUAAAUAUUAUUUAACAUGGUUCAUAUGGAGGUUUCUCGACAUUCUAGUCGAAAAAGUUCAAAAAUUCAUAUUAUAAAAAUAUGCGUAAUUCAAAUUACAAACUACGUAUACAUGUACUUGUCAUGCAAAAUAACAUAUCAUUGAUUUUAAAAUAAAUAAACAUCGACAAAAUCAACUCCCGUCAGUUCUUCAGUACUUUGAUUUAGAGUUUAGGACACAGAUGUAUCAGUAAUGAUGAAUAUAUUGUUGUUAAUAUGGAUACUAAUAUCAUAAAAAAAAUUGCACCAGACAAUACAUGUACAUCUGUGUAUUAAUGGGACUAAAACAAUGUCAACAUAUUAUAAAAAAAAAUCCAUUGUCAAUUGAAAGAGAAAAUUAUGGAAAUACUUUCUUUUAAAAUAGUAAACAACUCAAACUAUCUAAAUUAAAACACCAACAUAUUCAUGUUUGUAGUGCAGUUUCAGAUGAUGGUGCAAUCUCUGUUUGAUUUGUAAAAAUUGGUUACCAUUUAUUACUGCUUUUGUUUCUGAAUUAUUGUACAAUACAUGUAUAUGUACCUGCUGUUUUUAUAAACAUGUAUUGGAAUACAUGUAUUUAUACUGCAGUUUAUUCUAAUACUGUUAUAUAAUAUUUUCACAGUCUGAUUUUUUUUUAUGUCUUUGGUAUAAAAAGU